AUGUCGACGGCGGCCAGGAGGAGACUGAUGCGUGAUUUCAAGCGCAUGCAAACCGAUCCCCCAGCUGGUGUCAGCGCGAGUCCGAUCGCAGACAACGUUAUGACAUGGAACGCAGUCAUUAUCGGACCUUCAGACACGCCAUUCGAGGAUGGCACCUUUCGUCUCGUCAUGCAUUUCGAGGAGCAAUAUCCGAACAAGCCGCCUGGAGUGAAGUUCAUCUCCCAAAUGUUUCAUCCAAACGUCUAUGGUACGGGCGAGCUAUGCUUGGACAUUCUGCAAAACCGAUGGAGUCCUACCUACGAUGUUGCUGCGAUCUUGACGAGUGUACAGAGUCUGCUCAACGAUCCCAACACCUCCAGUCCCGCCAACGUCGAAGCCAGCAACCUCUACAAGGACAAUAGGAAAGAGUACACAAAGCGCGUUCGGGAGACGGUUGAGAAGAGCUGGGACGAUUGA